AUGCUCCUUCAAUACGCAUUGCACUUGUUUGUCUUGGAAUCGUUCAUUGCGGUCGCUCUUGCCUCGCCUCUUCGCGAUUUCGCUGUCAAGCACAGUUGGUCUACGAUCCCCGCCGGGUGGGAAUAUCACGGCACACCUCCUCCCCAUCGUGCAUUCCCUCUCAGAAUCGGACUUAAGCAGAAUCGCGUGGACGAGUUGAUCUCCGCUUUGUAUGAGAUCAGCGACCCGUUUCAUGAGAAGUAUGGGCGGCAUCUGUCGAAAAAUGAAGUAGAAGCGUUGCUUUUCUUGCCUCCUCUUCCUAUCUCAACUAUCGAGCGGAUGCUGUCGGCUUCCUUCUUGUCCUAUCGCCAUGCAUCCUCUGGAAUGCUCGCCACGCGGACACUUUCGUACAGCCCCCCUCGACACUUGCACGCGCAUAUCGAUGUCGUCCAUCCUACCACGGUAUUUAAUAGACUCCAGGAAAUGAGGGCCACAUUCAAGUUGGAGGAUCAUGAUGUUACUGUUGGUGAUAUAACAAGCGCUGAUAUCCCGGCGAGUUGUAAUACAACGAUUACGCCUGCUUGCUUGCAGGCCCUGUACAGGACUGAGGGAUACAUACCUGCGGCCGCCAAUAAGGGCAAUAGCAUUGAAAUUGCGGGGUAUCUGGAACAGGUGGGUUCUCUUACGUUUUUUCGCAGAUUUCAGCUCGACGCUGUUGGCGCGAACGUCACAGUCCGGCUCGUGGAUGGUGGUCUCAAUGAUCAAAGUAUUCCAGGCACCGGGGCAGGUUUAGACGUCCAAUAUACCGAAGGCCUAACUUUUUCUACACCGAAUGUGUACUACUCAACGCCUGGCACUACACCGACUAUCAACGACUCGGCGACCCCUCCGCAAAGAGACGAGCCAUAUCUCAACUGGUUGAAUUUCGUCUUGUCUCAGACAGAUAUUCCAUUUACAUAUACGACCAGCUAUGGCGGCGACGACGUGGUGAAUUCAGGCAUUGCUAGCCGUGUCUGCAGCACAUUCGCACAGCUGGGUGCGCGAGGCAGUUCGGUCACGUUCAGCAGCGGGGAUGGUGGGGUAGGCGCAGGAACUUGUCAAAUGAACAACGGGACCAAUAGGACCAUAUUCCAACCGGCGGGUUUCUCCGUCUAUUUCUCGAGACCUGAAUAUCAUGCAAAAGUUGUGCCGCCUUUCCUCGAGAGUCUCGGGGCUACUUAUGCUAGCUUAUUCAACCCAACUGGACGAGCAGUGCCAGACAUCAGUACUCAAGGGGAGGGAUUCCAAGUGAUUGUCAAUGGCACUGUACACUCGGUAGGAGGCACGUCCGCGAGUUCGCCGACAUUUGCAGGGAUCGUUACCCUGCUGGAUGAUCUCCGGCUCGCGAACGGCAAACCCCCGCUUGGAUUCCUGAACCCGAUGCUCUAUUCCACCGGCCUGCCUGGUUUCACAGAUAUAUUGUCUGGAAACAACCCAGGAUGUGGGACGCCUGGGUUCUAUGCUACAAUUGGUUGGGACGCGGUUACGGGGCUGGGCACGCCUGACUUUUCUUUGUAUUCACAACAUCUUUACGUAAAUGUAACCGAGGUGUGUCGCUGA